CCCUAGCCACGAUCCCUCGGUUGUCCCGUGAUCGUCUCGAGUACACAGUGCGUCUUAAGGUUACCCCCAUCGAUCGACCAGUUCUUCGUCCAGCUCUGAUUAUUCUCGGAAGGGAAUAACCGUCGUCCAGAAAGCAUGGGCCGAGAGCAUCAAACCUCGUGAAUCCGCAGUGCCGCGGUUGUUAAAAGCUCCCUGAGCAGAGGACGUGGUCCCCGCAGGGGGUGUCCCCAAGGAUGUGUCUCUGAGUACACAGUGCGUUCGUUAGCAUCGUCCGUCGAUCGCUUCGAAGGCUCCCUCUAGCCUAGUCUAUCAGGAGAUAGAUUCUUCAAAAGAAACGGGAGUAACCGUCGUUCAGAAGGCAUGGAUCGGGAGGAUAGUGCUCAAGAGUCGUGAACCCGCGGUGCCCUUGUCAAGCGGCCCCCCGAACCAGAGGAUCGUGUCCCCCAAAAGGGGGUUUAUGUGAGUGAUGUCUCGUGUGAAUCAGUGACCAAGUGCUUAGGAUACUCGCCAGGGCCCCGACAGGCAACCGACGAUAGGUCCCCGUUGCCACGGGGAGGAACUCUUUCAAGAUUUUCCGCUCAUUGCCGAACUAUGCGUGGUGCGAGAUGGUGUGUUCUCUGACCAACAAUAACAACAACGGCAAGAGUUGCAACGACAGUGAGCCCUUGCAGCCGCGAUCCAGCCCCGACGCGCAGCUAGGCGAGAACAUGUCGCUGAGCGACGCUCACAGACGGAACAGCCACUUGGAGGGCGACAGGAGCUCGUCGGCGGGUUCAUCGCUGGGCUCGUGCUCGCCGCCGCCGGCGUCUAGCCACUCGCCACCACCUGCCAGACCGCCGUGGUUGCACGACUUCCACGCGGCGGCGGCACCGCACGUUCUCCAGUUCCUCAACCUGAGCGCAGCUGGCGGCAGCAUGCUGGCCAGCCAGCCCCUGGCCGCCCUGCACUCCAUGGCGGAGAGGAGUCAUCACCAACAGCAUCAGCAGCACCAACAACACCAGCAGCAGCACCACCAACAACAGCAACAGCAGCAGCAGGCGGGCAUCCAGCUGCCCAGGAUCAGCGUGCCCCUGUCCACCAUCACCCAGGGUCAGUCCUCGCCUACAGGGAGCGGGAAGCACAGUCCUGCUACCUCGAUUACCUCUGUCGGGAGCAAUCCCCACGGGAUAGACUCGAUACUCUCGCGACCGGCGGCCACGCAUCCUCAGGCACCCGUCUCGGCGACACACGCCGCGCUCCAGCCGACGCCGCAUCCUCAGCACAUGACCACCCCUCGUUACGCCAUGCACGCGGGAUUCACUGCGUCCUCAGGUAUCGGACAAUUUCAACAAAGAACGGAGCCACGGCAUCCCGCUGUCUAUUGGCCGGGCCUUCAGGGAUUAGUCAGUGAUCCUCUGGCAUGGCGGGCAAGACUGCACACACUGUCGCAACAGCUGGGUUGUCAGCAAACGAUGACAGGCACCGGCGGGGCUGGGGAGCACGAGGGUGGCAAGAAGAAGCACACAAGGCCAACGUUCAGCGGCCAGCAAAUCUUCGCCCUCGAGAAAACGUUCGAGCAAACGAAAUACCUUGCGGGACCCGAGCGCGCUAAAUUGGCGUACGCCCUCGGCAUGUCGGAAUCGCAAGUCAAGGUAUGGUUUCAAAACAGGAGAACAAAAUGGCGGAAAAAGCACGCCGCAGAAAUGGCGACGGCAAAAAGGCGGCAGGAAGAAGUAGAGGGCGUCGUCGCCGAAGGUGAGGACGGAUGCAGCGACACAGAGACUGAUGGGAACAGCGAAACUGCCGCCAAGAGGCUUAGAAGGGAACUCGAGCAACAGUACAGGCAUUAGGAAGUGUAUAAACAGUAUUAACGUUAAAAAAAGAAAGAAAAGACAUUUUCUAGGUAGAUUCCUGCGAAGUGAAAUGGAACAGUGGAUGGGGGAAGACUUUUACCACGUGCGAAGGGAAUUUGGUUUUUACUGUUCGGUGCCAUCGUUUGGAUAUUCGAGGAGAAAUUCACUUACCUUGGUCUUGGAAAUAAUUUGUCACUGUUGCGAAGGAGACUGUGCUUCGAAAUCGAAUUUUUUGCAAUUUUUGUAAUUGUAAGAGAGUGGCCAUUGUUCUUCCGUCAGGAAAAGAAUUCCUGGGCAAUAUUUGUCUUCUCGGUGACUUUUUCGUGUGUGGGGUAUGGAGCAUUGUGCUGUUGAAACGCAUUAACUUGUGGGUGGAAUAACCUAGUUAAGAGUGUAAAUGAUAUUUUAGAUACGAGCCUAUUGUAUCGUUGAUAUUUUAUUUCGAUUUUAGUACCGUCAAAAAUUUAUAAUAACUAUUUUAAAAAGCCAAAGAUUGACGUGUAUUAGAUUGGGAAAGGAGCGAGGUUUAGUUGUCAGCACGCAAACUGGUGGCGCCAUUAGUUCGCAUGCUCGCCGUCGAAGUUUGAUUUCGAAUUUCGACGGUUCAAUUCAAUUAUAAAUUAAUGAGUUUUGGUGGCACAAUGUUGAGAUAUAUUUUUACACACAUGUGUAAUUUUAUUUCAAAACGCUUAAAAUACACCAGUUAUUUUUCUCUCGUUUUUUUUUUUAGAUAAAUGCCCAAGACGAGUUUUUAAUGUUUAUAGAAAUGUCAUUUGUAUAUAUUUGUACUAAGAUAUUCCUAUAUGUAUAACGAAGAAACGAUUGUGCCAUUUGUCUCGACGUACAUAAAAAAAAAAUUACACGCAAAAUUAUUGCAUUAUGAUAUGAAACUCAGAAACAGUAAUAUAAAAUGAAAUUAUUUGCAGGAUGUUCACAGUUCAGAAGAGGUUCGAUCGAAUGUAAAUUUUAAGCGUUUCUGAUGUAGUUUUAAGGCAAAAGGGUAGUUUAAUUAAUAAUUAAUUUAAUACCAGGAAUACUACCUAAUCGUAUUUCGUAAAUCUAGUCAUCUGUACGUUGGACGUCAACUAUUUAUUUAUAAAUCAUUUUUUAAUUACCUGCAACUGUAUGGGAUUAAUUAAAUUUUAACGAUUCGUUUUAUUUGUUUAAAGGUGAUGAUUAUCAACUAAUCGUGGAGCGAAGAAACUAAAUUGUUAAAAAGCACCCUGCCUUAAAAUUGACAAAAUUCGAACGAAAUAUUCCAAUCGCCGAUCCUGCAAAUAAUUAAUUAUAAUAAGGAAAGAAAACACCGGUAAUCUCAUUAUUCAGUUAACAGCACGUGUAUAGUAAAUGUAUGCUAAAUAUCAGGCGAGCCACUAUGAAUAUAAAUAUUCGAAUAAAUAAACACGAAAGAGCAAAAAAAAAAAAAAUAAUGAAAAUGAUUCCUCCUAACAAGUUGUCUAUUUACGUCCCCAGUGAAAUUAAGCCAAUGGAUAAGCGGAUCGAAGUGGAUUUUGUAUAUUCUGUAGAUACGAUAAACGUGAAUGUGAUAUUUAACAUAUUUAGUAAGAAUCUGACAUAGGUAUACUGGGUGGCUUUAAAGUAAAUCGCUAUACUCUGGUGGAGUAUUGCUAUUACUUUAUUUAUAAUUACGGGUACGAAAACGAUUCUUUACCGUACUUUUUAUAAAAUUAUGAGAAAAAAAAUUUGGAAAAGAAUAUCAACUGCUCGCUCAAGGUUACACGUCCAACCGUGAGUGGCAUCAAUGGCACUAUGCGCGCGCAGCCAGUGGGAGGAGCCAAACAGUGUGGUAGGGAUGGCGCCUGAGUGACCUUGAGCGGCCAGUCGAUCUUGAUCCAACUACAGUCCACUCCAACUGAAGUUUUAGUGCCCACUGACUUCCUAUCGCAUUCAGAUCAAAUGGAAUCCUCUAUCAAAGUUUAGCGACCUGUUUUAGAGUCACCCCACAAGUAGGUACUUCCAAUUAAACUAAAACUGAAGAACGCAAAAAAACUAGGAACAUAGAUACACGCGUAUAAAUAUGUAUAAUCACGCGAGGCGCGUGCCCGGAGAGACUCGUAGGCUAAAAUCAACUGUAUUCAGAAGAAUAUUCAACCCUUCUUCGCGUAUACCGACUUGCGUCCUUGGGUUCGACCGUUGUUUCUGAGUGAGCCGAUAGAGUGGAGGAAUGUUCACGAAUGCCAGGUAUAUAGCGUACCAAGUUACACGAAUAUUCGAAACAUUACUGUACAGUAUUUAGAUAAGUCGCUAAGCGAAAGGUAGAGACAAUCUGUAUAAAAUAUUGUAUAAAUUAUACAUACGUGUUAUCUAUCGCUUGUGUAUUAUAUCUCCAAUUUAAUAA